AUGCCGGGCACGGGGCAGACGCUGGCCCGCUCGACCGCCUGGCCGGCAAUGCUGGCCAUGCUGUUUGGCCUGGCCUUCCUGCUCUUCGGCAACUUUGGGCCUCUCCGCGCCAGCAAGGUGCUGAGCAGCACACGACGUAUUCCGGAAGCACGACCCGGGAGCGCCGCCUCGGGCCCCAUUGCGGGCCGUGCCAGGAUCGGGCCGGACGAAAGGGGGGGAUUGGGAAAGGAGGGGACACGAAAUCUGCUGCAUGCAGCUGGUUUCAGCCCCACCGAGGGGCCCAUUCCUCGAUACAUGGGCGCCGGGAGGCGCCGGGAAAAUCAGCCACGCGAGCUGAACUUUUGCUGGUGA